GAAUAUUUUGCGCCACAUAAAAAAUCGCAAUAACCAAGCCUAACGCGUUGGUCACUUCCUAAGCAGAAACAACCUGGAAACCGGUUCUUUCAUUUCCUCGUCCUCGUACUCAGGUUUGGAUCCCAUGGCGCAAUUUAAUGUUCCGCAAUGAAAGUCAACAACGUGUGAAAGCCAUGUCAAACCUCCCCUCAUCGCUCUCAGAGAUUUGCCUCACCCAGUUUCGCCUUGCCAUGUCCACGGCAGACCCAUGGCCCUUCUCAUGAACCCCACCGCACGCUAGCGCCUCCUCCCCUUCACUUCCAUUCCCAUACACACCUUUCUCUUUCACUCCCCCAAAGGCGCAUGUCCAAGAUUCGCGGAUUCAACCUCAGGACGCGCCUCAUCCGGGUCUCCAAAUGGGUCUUAAGAAAGAUCCGGAUCCGGAACUCGACCCGACCCGGAUACCGUCGCCUGGGUUGGUCCUCUAAGUCACCCAUGGCGAAGCUCCGGAGGUGGGGCCGCAAGUUGACGGCAGGUGCGAAGUCGAUCUUGAAAGUGACAGCCGAAUCGGGUUAUGCCCAAUUAGGGUCAGAACCGGAUCCAAGUGUGCCGAAGGGACACCUGGCGGUGUACGUGGGGCAGAAGGAUGGCGAGUUGCACCGUGUUAUGGUGCCGGUGAUAUACUUCAACCACCCUUUGUUUGGGGAGUUGCUGAAGGAAAGAGAGGAGGAGUUUGGGUUCCACCACGAAGGUGGAAUCACCAUCCCGUGUCGGGUCACGGAGUUCGAACGGGUCAAGACCCGAAUCGCUUCUGGAUCUCGCCGGACCACUCGUCACAAAAUAAUUGCCUGGCGCUAAUCCUCAUGCUGAGGUGCUCCUGAUUGCCCAUCUUGUAACUCAACAAAUGAGAAAAUUGUUUUUUAUUUUUUGUUUAUAUAUAUUUUACCCAAAAAAAGAAAUAUUUCUCGAUAACGGUGUUUGCUGUUUAGCUUUUCUUUUUACCAAUUUUUGUUUCUUGAUGUAUAUUCUUUAGCUUUCCUGUUUAGCUUUUGAUAAUGGUGUGUAAAUUAAGUGCAGAAAGAAUUUGUUUUUCAA